GUUGCUAACGGAGCGUUCUGUUCUGUAAUGCAUCUUAAUUAGGACUUGUGCUGAAGAGGAUUCUCUCAGUGUUGAGGCUCAGACUGGCUCUUUCACAGCACACACAGGUUGACUUUCAGCAGAGCAGCAGAGAAAGCAUAAUGCAUCAUUCAUCGAUAAGACGAGAAGCCAUCAUGAGUCGGAUGAGCCGGUGGGGAGCGACAGUCUCAGCUUUGAAUUGUUGGAAUAGCUGUGAGCCUAGGAGGUAUCGUGUUCACCGUAAAACCAGAAACAGUAGACGCUCCAGGCCUUGUUCCUCCGGUUCAAAUCCAGUCCCACCCCAGACUAAGGGAAUCCUUACAACACCAGUAGAGCUAGUAUUACAUCAGGACAUCACCAAGAGCAUGUGGCUCGACUAUGGAGCUUAUGUUGGUCAUAGGACUCGCACUAUGGAGUUCAAAGCAGGUUCAGGAAAUUACAUGUGGAACCGUUUCGAGGCAGAUGUAGAGAGAUACGGCUGUGCCUUCCUGAACAGCGAGGGAGGAAGUCUGGUGGUGGGAGUGAAUGACGACGGCUUCGUUAGAGGGGUGCCCUUCAGCAACAAAAGCGAGGAUGAUAUCCGACAUCAGGUGUACAGGGUGCUGCAUGCCUUCACGCCUACACUCUUUAGCUGCAGCUACAGUUUAAGGUUCCUGCCUGUGGUGAAGCUUGGAGGGUCUGAUCGUAACCUCAGGGUGCUGUGCCUCACCUUCAAAGCUCCUUCAGGCUCAUCUGAGCCCGUCCUCUACACCUCAGUCCAGGGGAGGGUGCUUAUAAAAGGGGAAGCAAGUGUGCGUGGUCCACUGGGUCUACCUGCCAUCAUAGAGUGGUACAGACAGAAGUUUCCUUAUUUAAUGACUCACUUUGUGUGUCAAGACUUGUCCAGAGAAAAGCACUUUGUGGACCACAGAAGGAUGAUGAAUAAGAUCAUUAGCAUUGCAAAAUAUCAGAAUGAAGUCUGCAGCCAGCGUUUCCCAGACUCUUGCGAGAACUCCACAUACCAGAGCAGCUAGGGGCAUUGAAGCAAUUAUUGGUGCUGGAGGUCUGAAAAUGGAAAGAUGUGACCUCUUCUGUCACACAAACACCAAAUAAAAAAACAAAGAGAA